UCAGCUGUGCAGAGCGUGAAACACCUUGAAGUGCCGGGAGUAACAAUGGGGGCAGUUCUGGGCAAGCUGGGAUUCUCAUCUCAAGAUGGCUCACCUUUGGAGAUGGCCGCCCUGGGCAGACCUUUCCAGGUGGGGAUGCUCUAUGACUGUCGCACUGAUUCACUCAUUCCAGAUGUCACUCUAUGGGACUUGGAAAACCUCAAGAAAGACCUCAAAAUUAGACCUCAGAAGGACACGCAGUUCAAUAUCAUCACUUUGGACUCCUUGGAUGAGAAAACUUCCCUCUUAAAUAUGUCAGCCUCUCUUAAAGCGAGCUUCUUGUGUGGCUUGGUUGAGGUUGCUGGAGCUGCCAAGUACCUCAAUGACACCAAAUCAUCCAAACGACAGCCAAGGGUCACCCUGCACUACAGCACGACCACCAGAAUGGAGCAGCUCAGCAUGAGCCACUUGGGUAAUCAGAACGUCGUCUAUCCAGAGGUGUUUGAGGAGAAAUCAGCCACUCAUGUUGUCACAGGCGUGUUGUAUGGCGCUCAGGCAUUUUUUGUUUUUGAUCAAUGGGAUACUAAAGUGGAAGAGAACCGAGAUAAUAAAGGAAAACUAGAAACAUUAAUUAAAAAAUAUAUUUCCGUAGAUAGAAAAAGAGGCUUAAAAAUGACAGAUGCUGACAAGGAAACCGCUGACCAUCUUAACUUCACAUUCUAUGGUGAUUUUCUCCUUGAUCACAAUCCUACAAGCUUUCAGGAUGCCAUGCAGAUUUACAACAAUUUGCCAAAGCAACUUAGCAAAGAUGACAAGCUAGCUGUGCCCGUCCAGGUCUGGUUGUACCCGCUGAAACAUCUCAACUCAUGGGCUGCUAGGCUUGUACAAGAGAUCAGUGUGGCACUCGUGUCCAAAUCUCAAGAGGUCCUGGAGGAAUUAGACGAGCACAUUAUGAGGUGUAAUGACAUCAUGAAGGACGGUGUUGUCAAUAACUUUCCUAUAAUUAGGAAAAAUGCAAAUGACUUUAAAUCAAUACUUAAUCAAUUUAAAUAUACCUUCCAGAAUGAACUGGCAAGGGUCUUGCCAAAUAUCAGGGGGGGUAAUGCAAUUGAAGAAGAGCUGGCGAACAUUCUGAAGAAGAAGGAAGAGUCACCAUUUAAGAAGUGUGUCAUAACAACAUGGCUGGAUAAAAGAGAAAAGGAAAUCACUAUGCUUAGAAGUUUCUUUAAUCGAAUUGAUGAAAUGAAACUUGAUAUUGUUAUAAAUGACCUGGAUAAAUUCAUUUACAAUACUAGUAUUAAAAAUAUUGUCUGCUUGACUUUCACUUCACUCCACGUGUGUCGCUCAUACAUGUCAGAAAUGGAACGCUAUCUUCAAGCCCCUUCUAGGAAGUCCUCAUAUCAUCUGUCAGAGCCAAGUGAAGAGUUAAUCAUCCAGAAUUUCAGACAGCAUUCCCAGCGUUUCAUUGAGUUUGCUGAAAUUAACCAAAGCAGCAAAACAAUGAGAUUUCUUGUCCACUCCAUCCCUGAUGUUGAAUAUCUUGGGGCAACAAUCUAUUUGUAUGAAUGUGGGCAUCUCAUCAACCAAAACUUUCAGCUUCCAUCAAAACCUGAGACUCUUGUGGUUGACUCCCAAACAGAAGACAGUGUAACCCUAAAGUUAGGACCACCAAAGUGUGACAUAGAAGGUUACAGAGUGGAGUAUAAGCGACUCGAAGAUGAAGAGUGGAAGACUAUCAACACAACUAAUAAAAUUGUAAAAUUUACAGAGUUACGUCCAGCUUCAACAUAUCAACUCAGACACAGAGCCAUUUGUCAAGUUGGUGUGAGUCAGGCCAGUGAUACGAUUGUAGUGAGGACACUGCCCGUUAAAAGGCCUACUGGAAGACAUGCUAUAAAAGACAAAUGUAAGGAGAUAAAAGAUGGAAAAUCUAGACUUAAUCUUUUGCCUUUGAAAUCACAGUUCAUAAAUACUGUGAAGAAGAUAGAAACAUAUCCCUAUGAAAACAGAACAUCCAUCAAACCUUCAAAAACAAUUAUGGUCCUUGGAGCAACAGGCUCUGGCAAAUCCACCCUGAUCAACGGAAUGAUCAACUACAUCUUAGGUGUCCAGUGGGAGGAUGACUUCAGGUACAACUUAAUCCAUGAAGAAACAUCUAGGAGUCAAGCUGAAAGCCAAACGUCUUUUGUCACUGCCUAUGAAAUGAACUACCAGGAUUUUUUCAAGGUCCCAUACUCCUUCACUAUAGUUGACACACCAGGUUUUGGAGACACCAGAGGAAUUCAGCAGGACAAAAAGAUCACUGAGCAGAUACGAGAAUGUUUUUCAUCUCCACAGGGGGUUCAGCACAUUACCGCAGUGUGCUUUGUAGUUCAGGCAUCCCAAGCUCGAUUGACACACACACAGAAAUACAUCUUUGAGUCCAUUUUGUCCAUUUUUGGUAAAGACAUUGCCAAUAACAUCCUGGUCCUGAUCACAUUUGCUGAUGGACGGCGUCCACCAGUUGUCGAUGCCAUCACAGAUUUUAACAUCCCGUUUCCCAAAGAUGACAAAGGAAGCCCGAUUAUUUUCAAAUUUAAUAAUUCUGCCCUUUUUGCUAAUAAUGACGAGAAUAAUAGCAGUGAUGAUCUAAUGUUUGACAAAAUGUUUUGGGACAUGGGUGCAAAGAGCAUGGAGAGGUUUUUUAAGGCUUUAGAGAAGAUGGAUGAUAAAAGUUUAGCUCUAACUAAAGAGGUGCUUGAAGAGCGCAAGCACUUGGAGAUGGUAGUGGAAGGACUGCAACCUCAAAUCAAAGCUGCGCUGAGUAAAAGUGAAGAGAUUAGACAAAUCUGUGACAUUUCUGAGCGCAUUACUGACACAGAGAGCAACGAGGAUUUUGGGUAUGAAGGGUAUCAUGAGCUUAAGAAGAAAUAUGAACAAGAACAAGGGGAAUUGAUGACAACUGAGCAAGUGGUUGAGCGACUUCUGUAUGAACUGGAUGAUGUGACAAACUUGAUUUACAAACUCGUUGCAGAGUCUCAUUAUUGUAUUAAACGACUUGAUGAAAUCGCCCUCAGACCAAACCCGCUCUCCUCUCCAGAGUACAUUGAGCUCCUCAUUCAGGCUGAAAAACGAGAGGCAAAACCAGGAUGGAUGAACAGACUGAAGUCACUGCAGGAAGUGAAAGAAAAGGCAGAAAUAAUAGCAAAUCUCUGUAGAAAUGACCAACGCUCACCAAGUGUCCAAACCAAAAGUCAAAAGAGAAAAUCAUCAGAGCCAAUGUACCCACAGAAUAUCAAAGUUACAAAGCGGACCUUUUGAAAAUAAAAUCAAAAAUUGUCAAAA